GAGCAAACGGUUCCACACCAUCUUUCCGAAACACGACAAAAGCAAGAUAUGAGCAGAGGAGAGAGGAGAAAGAGAUUCUGACGACCGAAAUAGUGACUGAGAUCCUUCUUCUUGUUGUGGAAGAAGACGCACACGAAUGAAAAUAAUGGCCUCCACGUUGGGAACUUCCUCAUUUGCUCUUCUCCCUUCACGACAUCACUCUUCCCUUCCCACUAACUCUCUCUCUCAAACCGCAGUGCAGCUAUUUGGGCCCAAGUUUUGCGGAGGAAUUGGAUUUCACGCCGUCAAGGGAAGUUCUCUCUUCCCUGUUGCCAGUGUUGCCACCCAUGUUAAUUCUGCACAACAGGCUCAGAAGAUUGCUUUUAACGAGAGCCAGAGGCCGGUGUAUCCAUUUUCUGCUAUUGUUGGACAGGAUGAGAUGAAGCUUUGCCUUCUCCUAAAUGUGAUUGAUCCUAAGAUUGGAGGUGUGAUGAUCAUGGGGGAUAGGGGAACAGGGAAAUCUACAACUGUUAGGUCAUUGGUUGAUUUGCUUCCCGAAAUCAAGGUUGUUGCUGGUGACCCAUAUAACUCAGAUCCAGAAGAUCCAGAAUUCAUGGGUGUUGAAGUGAGAGAGCGCGUGUUGAAAGGAGAGCAGCUUCAGGUUGUCUUCACCAAAAUUAACAUGGUGGAUUUGCCAUUGGGAGCUACAGAAGAUAGAGUGUGUGGGACAAUUGACAUUGAAAAGGCCCUCACUGAGGGUGUAAAGGCAUUUGAGCCAGGUCUACUGGCUAAAGCUAAUAGGGGAAUUCUAUAUGUUGAUGAGGUUAAUCUUUUGGAUGAUCACUUAGUUGAUGUCUUAUUGGAUUCUGCUGCAUCAGGUUGGAACACGGUUGAGAGAGAGGGUAUUUCAAUAUCACAUCCUGCUAGAUUUAUCCUAAUUGGAUCAGGCAACCCUGAAGAAGGGGAACUCAGGCCACAGCUGCUGGAUAGGUUUGGAAUGCAUGCUCAAGUAGGCACUGUGAGGGAUGCUGAGCUAAGAGUGAGGAUUGUGGAGGAGAGAGCUCGUUUUGAUAAGGACCCGAAGAAAUUCCGAUAUUCUUACAAGGCAGAACAGGAAAAGCUUCAGCAACAGAUUGCCUCAGCGAGGAGUUUUCUUCCUUCUGUUCAAAUUGAUCAUGACCUCAAGGUAAAAAUCUCCAAAGUUUGCGCAGAGUUGAAUGUGGAUGGAUUAAGAGGAGACAUAGUAACAAACAGAGCUGCAAAAGGUCUUGCUGCCCUCAAGGGAAGAGACAAAGUAAGUGCAGAUGAUAUUGCCACUGUCAUCCCUAACUGCUUGAGGCACCGUCUUCGAAAGGAUCCCUUGGAGUCCAUAGACUCGGGUUUACUUGUCAUUGAGAAAUUUUAUGAAGUUUUCACCUGAACAUGGUCUAUACUGUUUUUUCUAGUAUUCAUUCAACAUUUUACCACUGCAUCUUUUACAUUUUUGCCUUUUUCUGUGGAGAUUUUAUUGUCCUUGAAAUUUUAACAUGAGGAAGAUUCAGAAAUCCCGUGUACAAAUGAAAUUCCAGGCCUUUUGUGUAAUAAGUUUCAGGAUGACAGGAUCUAUGGCUUUUU